UGCCGAUUAAUGCUUCCGUCAGAUUCCUGCAAAGUCUAUCCAUGGAAGUACAAAAUUGCAUAAAUAAGGGAUAUCUCUGGAAGAAAAAGAGAAGAUAAGGAAUAGUGGAGAAAUGGGGCAAGAAGAUGGGUGGACAAAGGGCAUGGGAGGUUCACUUCCUGUUGAGAAUGUGCAGGCGCUUGCUUCCAAGAAUCUCAAGGACAUACCACACAGAUACAUCAGGCCUGACCUCGAAUUCGACGACGUUUCAGUGGAUGAAGCUCUCCAAAUUCCAGUCAUCGAUAUGAGCAAGCUGGUGGGAAAUCACUCAGACCAUGGUGAUGAACUGGCUGAGCUUCAUCAGGCCUGUGAAAACUGGGGAUUUUUUCAGCUGAUAAAUCAUGGGGUUCCGGAAGAAGCGAUGGAGAAUAUGAAGAGGGAGACAGAAGAGUUCUUUAAGCUGCCAUUGGAGGAGAAGAUGGCCUGUGCUCAGCUGCCCGAUAGUAUAGAAGGAUAUGGGCAAGCCUUUGUUGUUUCUGAAGAACAAAAGCUUGAUUGGGGUGACAUGCUUUUCCUACUUUCCAUGCCUAACUCCAUAAGAAAAAUGAGAUAUUGCCAACUAUUCCCACUUCUUUUAGGUAAAUCAUUUUCUGAAAGCGAAAUAUGCUUGCCUAUGGAGUUUACAGAUUUGUUAAGUUCGAUUCGGUUAAUUAUGGUAUCGUUUUAUUAUUAUUAUUAUUUUGAAACAGGUAUGGUUUUAUUAUUGAUGUACCAUGUUGGUAACUUAAUUUUUAUUAGAGAAAUCUUUUACAAGUACUCAACAGAGGUGCAAAGAGUUGCAGAAUGCUUGGUGAGGUUGAUGGGCAGGAACUUGGAGAUAGAGCCAAAGAAGCUCGGAAGCAUGUUUGAAGAUGGGAUACAAUCUAUAAGAUUGAAUUAUUAUCCACCCUGUGUGGAGGCAAACAAGGUCACAGGUCUAAACACCCACUCUGAUUCAACUGGGUUGACAUUGUUAAUUCAAGCAAAUGAAGUUCAAGGGUUGCAAAUAAAGAAAAAUGGUAAAUGGGUACCCAUCAAGCCUAUCCCUGGUGCCUUUAUUGUCAAUAUUGGUGACAUCAUGGAGAUAAUGAGCAAUGGGAAAUACAAGAGCAUAGAGCACAGAGCGGUUGUGAACCCAGAAAAAGAAAGGCUUUCAAUUGCAGCAUUUCAUGGUCCAAAUAUGAAGAGCAUUAUAGCACCUCUUGAAGAUCUUGUUAAGAAGGAGACACCAAAUUACAAGUCCUUAACACAUGAAGAAUUUGUGAAGCUUGUUGUCCGCAGCAAAAUUGAUGGUAAAAGCAUAGUGGGUCGCAUGAAAUUGGAGCACUGAAUAAAGCUUUUGCCCAUUUUGGGAGAAUGAUUUUUCAGCCAUAUGACUAGGGGUGAGCAUUCGGUCGGUUCGGUUCAAAACCGAACCGAACCGAAUAAAUCGA